AUGUGCUGCAACAAGCUGUUUCACUUAUGUUUCUUUCUAUCCACAGCAUUUAGCAGUCCAGUGCUAUAUGAAAGAGAUGUCCAAGAUGCUCCAGAACUAUUCACCAAGCUGCUUGAAACAGCUACAGGCUUCGCCUACGCGGGCAGAGGCCUAAAACAACAACUAUCCCAACUCGCAGACCGAAUAUCAGAGAUCACAACCGGAAAAGUCACUCCAAUCCAAACUGUUCAAGAAGGUCUUUUAGCACUUUCCGCAAUUCCAACGAGCGCCACAGUCCUCCAAAGAGCCAUCUCAAUAGUAUCCGCCGGCUUAGUCCCACCCAACAUCCUCGACAUUCUGAAUGGGAUCAAAAACAACUCAAUAAACUCACACAGUAACAAUAAUACCGAGCCCCCAGUCAAUAUAUACCCCAAAUCUCCCACCGAUGCCCCUUACGACAUCCUAGAAUCCGACCUCCUCAGCUCAAUCUUUAUCCCACAGUCCUUCACCUGCACCAAAAUUUCCAUCCUCCUAAUCCCCGGUACCGCCGAUCCAGCCGGCAGCACCUUCUACUUCAGCUACGGCAAGCUAUUUGAAACUAAUUCCACGAGCCCAGUAUGGGUCAAUAUCCCUGGCAACUCAUUAUCCGACAUUCAAGACAACGCCGAAUACGUAGCCUACGCGAUAAACUACAUAUCCGCACUCUGCAGCCGCCCAAUCGGGGUUCUAUCCUGGUCACAGGGCAGUCUCGACGUUCAAUGGGCACUGAAAUACUGGCCCUCGACGCGAACCUCAGUAUCUGAUUUUAUGGCCGUCAGUCCAGACUUCCACGGGACGCUACUUCAAACGCUUUGCAUGCUCGAUGAGCCGCUUUGCACACCUUCUAUUCAGCAGCAGGGGUAUGAGUCCGCAUUCAUUCAUGCGCUGAGAGAGGAAGAUGGGGAUUCGGCGUAUGUGCCGACGACGAACGUAUAUUCCGGUGUUGAUUUCGUGGUACAGCCUCAGAGUGGAGAUAAUGCGUCUGGGGCAUUGAAAGAUGUGCGUGGCGUUGGUGCUUCGAAUACGCAGAUUCAAGUUGCUUGUGCUGGGAGGCCGGCUGGGGGUUUUUAUUCGCAUUCUGCGAUGCUGGUGAAUCCUUUGACUUAUGCGCUUUUUGUGGAUGCUUUAAGUUAUGAGGGGCCUGGGAGAAUGGAGAGAGUUACUAUGGGGGUUUGUAAGGACUCCUUGGCGCCUGGGCUGAGGGUUAGUGACUUUCUGGGAACGGAGGCAGUUGCGGAUGUCUUGGGGCCGAUUGAUGUUUUGUUAUAUAGGGGUCAAGGGGGUGGUCAAGAGCCGAAACUCAAGGACUAUGUCUAUAAAAAGGCAAGAAAGUGA